CCGGGGUCUGCCCUGGGGGGGCGGGGUACGGCGCCCCCCUUGGUGUCCAGGCCCAACCCCUAGUAUGUCGCUCAGCGGUCGGCGGCUCAGGCGCUCCGUGGACAACCUGGGCCGCGAGGUCCUUUAGGCGCGUGGGGGGCAGCCCGGGGCCUCGCGCCGCCGCGUCGCGUAGCAGCGGGGACGCGGCUGGGCCGGCCGGAGAGGUGGCUUCUGUGCAGCUAGGGUGGAGGCAGCAUGGCUAGAGAUGCACCAGGGGGAGAUUCCUGUGAGGAGCUGGACCAGACAAAGUAUGAUGCAGAUGAGAACGUGAAGAUUAUCUGCCUGGGGGACAGCGCUGUGGGGAAAUCCAAGUUAAUGGAAAGGUUCCUCCUGGAUGGAUUCCGAUCCCAGCAGCUCUCUACAUUUGCCUUGACACUCUACAAAUACACAACCAAUGUGGAUGGGAAGAAUAUCCUUGUGGACUUCUGGGACACAGCCGGACAGGAGAGAUUCCAGAGUAUGCAUGCAUCCUAUUACCACAAGGCCCAUGCUUGUAUCAUGGUAAGGACAUUCUUCUGGCUUUCACUCUGUGUGUGUAAAGGAUUCCUGGCUGGUAACAGAACCUGUUUGGUGUUUGAUGUGCAGAGGAAGGUCACCUACAAGAACCUGAAUAACUGGUACAAGGAGCUGAGAGAGUUCCGCCCAGAGAUCCCCUGCAUUGUGGUGGCCAACAAAAUUGAUGCGGAUAUGAAAGUGACUCAGAAAAGCUUCAACUUUGCCCGGAAGUUCAAUCUGCCCUUCUAUUUUGUCUCAGCUGCAGAUGGCACCAAUGUAGUGAAGCUCUUCAGUGAUGCUAUCAAACUGGCCGUUGCAUACAAACAGAAUUCAGGGGAUUUUAUGGAUGAGGUCAUGCGGGAGCUGGAGAACUUUGAGCUGCAGAAAAAGGGGGAGGACUCGGAUAAAGAGGAGAACUGCCCUGAGGAGAAGCCCCCAUCCACCUGAGCCCAGGCCUCAGACCAACCUUGUGCUGCUCCCUUUCGCCCAGCUUCUUCAUGGUUGGGUAGAACCAUCACUCUCUGUCAGGGGAGAGCAGAUUUCUCAUGCACUGGCUGUGCUGGGAGCCUCUGGCUGGGACCAUCCCUCCCUGGGAGGGAGACUGUUUGGGCCUGAUCUUCCUGGCCUGGACCCCAUCCUCCUGAGCAUCCGGGACACAGAAGGAACAAGAAUACAUGUGACUGCUGCCUGCCCCUGUGGGAGGGAAGGAGGGUAUUUGCUGAGGUGUGGGCCGCUGCCUGCCCUGCAGGGAAGGGUCCUGCCCAGGUGUCUAUUAGCAGAGCCCAGAUUGAGAAAACCAACACUAAAGGAUUUUUUUACAAAGCGUUGAGCCUGGGUCCUUCCUGCACCCAAACCAUGUUUGAAUAGCAGCCCUUCCCACUGCUGUUUCAACCCAGCCAGCUCUACCUUUCACCUCUCCCGUGACCCCACCACCGUACCAGCCCAUCCAUUCCACCCCAAUGCUUCUCUGGCUCUGUGUGUGCCACCCUUCCUCGUGCCCACUGUUCCAGCCCAGCUGGCUCUGUGUGCCACCCUUCUCUACCCACACUGUCCCGGCCGACUGCGAGCCAUCCCCCCCUUCCUCGGUCCACCAUUCUAGCCCAGCUGGCUGUGUGCGGCCCCUGCUCCUGUGUGGUUCUGGGCAUGGCGUAAGAGGCUGAAUAGAUCAGAGGCAGAGCUGGUUCUGUUGUGGGCACUGUUUUACUUCUACGGUGAGGUAAGUGCCCAGUCUCCAUCCACAAGGACAACGGGAAGGAUGGGAGCUGGAUGCUGGUACAGAGUCUUCUAGCGCAGUGGGCAAAGCGUCAGAAAUGGCCACUGUCCAUCUCAGCCUCCGCUGUGUUCUGCUCCCCUCCAUUGUCAAGUCCCCUUUCCCUUCAGGCCCUGUAGGAACUCGUUCAGCUUCCUGAAGAAGUCAGACAGACUGCUCUGGACUGACAGGCAGAGGCCUGGCCUGGGCCUGGGCCUGGGCCUGGGCCUGGGCCUGACUUUCCCCAAGAUCCAGUCAUGAAAGUGCAGAGUGGAACUGUAGACCCCUGGCCUCUGUGCCUUGGCGCAGCCCAGCCCCCAGCUGGUGACUCCAAUAACCCAGAAGCGCUUUGAUCUUUCCUCUGCGCACAUGAGGGGGCCUCCGCUGUCGCCCUGCAGCGGGGGAGAGAGGUCUGAGGCAAAGCCAGCUCCUCAUGGUGCGUCAGGCUUGGCAGUAGGGGUGACUCCUUGGAAGAGGAUUAAGGACCCACAACCCAUCUGGCAUCAGCCACUGGGAGACAUUUGUCAGCUAGAGCUCAGAGGAAGGGGCUCACUCCCAAGGCCUGGCUAGCGUUGGCAAAGUCCUAGCACAUGUUCCAAAAGGGGACAAUCUUGCAGUGCCCCCAACCCCUGGGAAUGGACUGUCUAGGGGCUGCAGCCAGGGCUUCCCCCAUCAGGAGUCAGCUGCAUUUCAGUGUUAGCUCAUAGCUGAGCAGUCAGCUCCCUCCCCUUCCUCCUCCCAUACAGAGCCCUCUUGAGUACAGAGUACCACACCUCUGAACGCAGCCACUAUGCAGCAGCGCUGUGGCACGGGGCCUUCCUCCCAGCUCUGCGUACCACGUGCAGGG